ACAGGAAGCCUAUGGCACAGAACUCCCCUCCAAACUGUAUAUAUGUGAUCAUAUCAUUGUGAGUAAGCUGAAAAAAAGGGCUAAUCAUCAUUAUAGAUGAAAUGUGUUUUAUAAUGAUGACGAAGUGUUUGUCUGCUCUACCCUACGGGAGAACGCAGCAGGAGGCCGUAAAAAGCACACUGUAGAUUAAUGCUUCCCUACUGCUGACAGAUCCUCCAUGGCCCACUGAGCAGCUGCUUGUGGCUGCUUUAAAGCCUGAAGCUUAAUGUUUCACCUCUAAGCCGGAUUUAAACAAUGCAAGGAGACCUCACCCCCUAAAGGAGCAUAUAACUCCUGUCAUCUCACUAAUGACGCUUACACUAGCUACGUGCUAAGUCUAUGCGCUGACAAAUGUCUGUAUUUUGAAGGAGUUUCUUAGAACUGGAAAGUGAUUAUGAAGCAGUUGUUGAUUUAGAGUGGAUGAAAAGCUUUUUGAUGAAUGCUCAUUUUGUGGCCGGGUAACCAACUUCAAAAGUUGAGUGAGUCUGCCUCUUUUACUGUAGUAUAUAAUGUUAUGCAAAUAACAUAAAAUAAUCUGAAUUAUUUUGAGGCUUUGUUCGCUUCUGUUCUGAAAGUAAUGACCCAUUUACAGAUCAUUUCAGAGAAAGAGGUUGUUCUCAACUCUGUGUGAGGUUCUGGGACACAACCACCCAAUCAGCAGCGAGGAACUUUGUUGUCUUUGAUUUUGACCGGUCUGUUAGGGUGGUCAUGGUAAUGUUCUAACUUGCAGUGCUCUGGAUUGUCGUCAGUGUGAGGCAGUGGCCAGCCUUUCCACUGAGCGGUCUUGUUGAAAUUCUGCAUUCCCAUGGGUAAAUAAGAAUCAGGAUGGGCUUUUCUGGCAAAGGCCUUCCCAUAGCUGGGAAUGGAGAAUGGCCCUCCAACAAAAUCAGGAAACACAGAAGCCAGUCCCCUUUUCGUGAUGUUUCACCUGUACCAUCAUAUUUCUCAGAACCGGUCUCAUUCCUGCAACAUGGGGGGCCCACUCAGGGAUGAAGAUGACGACGACGAUGAUGUGCGGAGUCACAAGAGCUUGCCAGCGGUGAUGACUAAAUUAACCCUCCAACCCAGAGACAAGAAGUCACACAGACAUUAUAAGAGUCUUUUCAUAUCUGGUUUACCCCCUCUCGUAAGCACCAGGUGCAGUUUGAUUGUGAAAGGCACUGGAUGCAAAACUGUCUCCAAACUCCCACCAAUCACCAAAUCCAGAAAGGAAAUAGACCCCCCGAGACCACCUUGUAGGUCUGGAUGCAGGCCGGACAAAACGGAAUUCAUUUCAGCUAAACCUGCUCAUGCAAUGAUACAUCCAAAAAUUGUACCUGUUGGGCAGACAUCUCUGUCUAUCAAGGUGCACACUGUUCGAGAAAAUGGGCCCUGCUUGCUUCCUGCCAAAGCCUCUGGAGUGUCCCCGAGAUCUCGACUUACUUUCCAAAGUCCUGUAGUGCAGGCAGUGUACCCUAUCAGUCCUGACACCAUGCAACAGAUGAGGCAGACUGACAGAGCGUGCCAGCCCCUGAGGUCUGUGCUGAAAAAAGCACCAAAUGGGGGAGUGUUUGACUGCCCACUGGCGGCCCACCUGCUGGAGCCAUUUUCUGAGUUUCAGGAGCAUUUGUGCCGCCAGAUUCUACACUCUCCACUGCCUUAUCGUGCAGCUCUGCCACAGCUCCACAUUCCUUGUCACCAGGACAAGGUAGAUCUUCUGCCUGCACGUAGAGGCCCAUACGGUUCCCUGAUGGAACGUACCGUGGAGCUCUGCAACUCCCAAGGACAGAAGCUUCCCAAAAUCACCAUGACCUGCCCAACACCUUCUCCGAAACACCUGUGUCGCACAGAGAUGAGGCAUGCAGCUUGAAAGACAAACCAAGAUGGCUGCAGAGUGAACUAACAUGCUUAAAUGGAACUCAAAGUUAUUAUUGCUCUGUGCACAAAGGAUCACAGAAAGUUCACAAAUUCAUUUUGUUCACAUUGAGACAAUAAAGCCAAAACAGAGACAUUUGAAGAAUCUCUUGGCACUUUUCCUGAUUGCUCAAUGAUUACUGGACUCUUGGUCAUAACCCUCUCCUGUGCAAAGCUCAAAGCUCAAAUUAUUGCUAUCACACCAAUCACCUUUCAUUUUUUUUUUUUUCCAUGGAAGCCCUAAGGAUCAUUAAAUCCUGUCAGAACUGGAUCCUGGGGGCUGCACUGUUGCAGAGGUACAGGAAAUGCCUCUUAGGAGCUUUAUAAAGUCAUGCCAUACAUUUUCCUGGGUGUUAAGAUCCCUGGAGGUAUGAAUCAUAAGUCUGUCUUACUGAGGAGGAAUGUAAUCAUUUUUCUUCUCCCCACUUUUCAUGGCCUUUCUUUUCUUUUUAAAAUCAAUACAAUUUUCUCAGUUGAGCUGAAUCUACAGUGAGAUAAGGGGCCGGGGGCAAUUUUUACAUUUUCCAUCAUAGCCUACUACAGAUGUAUCUACCAUCUUUUGGUAUAAAAAUGAGUAUUUGUGUGUAUGUGUACAUGUGUAUUUACUAAAAGUAACUGUACCAUUAAAAGACCUAUGAGAAAGACUGUAAUAUGGAACCUAUUAGAAAAAGUCACUUAUUAUAGCAGUAGUUGGGAAUAAUUACUACACUUACCAUCCUUUAUUAACAUCCUUCGGUACUGGUAUCAAAUUCAUAUGGUAAUCUGUCAGAAAUGUGUUUUAAAGCAAAAGUGGUACCUACAUUAUAAUAUGAAGUUAAAUUCUGAUAGUCAGGAAAUUCAAACUUUAAAGGGUUAGUUCACCCAGAAAUGAAAAUUAUGUGAUUAAUUACUCACCCUCAUGUCGUUCCAAACCCGUAAGACUUUCCAUAAGAUCUUUCUGAUGAAAUAUGAGGAGUUUUUUUUUGUAGGUUAAGCUUCUGUUUAUGUCUGCUGAUCAAUGUUUAAAUGUGAAUAAAAUCCUAGAUUCAAUCUUUUCA